CUUUCUUUUUUCUCUUUCUUUCUUACUGUCUCUACUAUAAAUGCUUCAAUUUUUUUCUUUAUUAAUUUGAUUUUGGUUCAACAAUUUGCAGAUCCAUACUUGAACAUAGAUGCUGGCACCAUGUCUCCCUUUGAACAUGGGGAGGUUUUUGUUCUCGAUGAUGGUGGAGAGGUUGAUUUAGACCUCGGCAACUAUGAACGAUUCCUAGAUGUCACUCUUACCAGGGACAACAACAUUACCACUGGGAAGAUAUAUCAGUCUGUCCUGGAUAAGGAGCGGAGAGGCGAUUACCUUGGAGAGACUAUUCAGGUUGUUCCACACAUCACUGAUGCCAUUAAGACCUGGGUCGAAUCAAUUUCUCUCAUUCCCGUCGAUGGAAAAGAAGGCCCUGCAGAUGUUUGUGUUAUAGAGUUGGGUGGGACUGUGGGUGACAUUGAAUCUAGGCCAUUCAUUGAGGCUCUGCGCCAAUUGUCUUUUUCAGUUGGGCAAGAAAACUUCUGUCUUAUUCAUGUGAGCCUGAUUCCGGUACUGGGUGUUGUUGGAGAGCAAAAAACAAAGCCUACCCAACAUAGUGUGCGGGAUCUAAGAGGAUUAGGCUUGACUCCUCAUCUAUUAGCAUGUCGCUCUGCGCAGCCAUUAUUGGAAAAUACGAAGGAGAAACUUUCACAAUUGUGUCAUGUUGCAGCUGGUAAUAUUCUCAAUAUCCAUGAUGUACCAAACAUUUGGCACAUUCCUCUCUUACUUAGGAACCAAAAUGCUCAUCAUUCAAUUCUUCAACAACUAAAUUUACUAAGCAUUGCUAUGCCUCCUGAUUUAAGAGAUUGGACCAAGAUGGCAGAGACUUACGAUAAUCUCACAAAUUCUGUGAGGAUUGCCAUGGUGGGGAAGUACGUUGCCUUUACAGAUUCAUAUCUAUCUGUAGUGAAGGCCCUUUUACAUGCUUGCGUCGCAUGUUCUUUAAAGCCAUCAAUUGACUGGAUUGCCGCUUCUGACCUUGAAGACGACAGUGCCACACUGACACCAGAAGCACAUGCUGCUGCAUGGGAGACUCUACAGAAUGCUGCAUGCAUCUUGGUUCCCGGCGGAUUUGGAGAUCGUGGAGUGAAAGGUAUGAUAUUAGCUGCAAAGUAUGCGAGAGAGAACAAUGUUCCUUAUCUUGGGAUUUGUUUGGGCAUGCAGAUUUCCGUGAUUGAGUUCGCAAGAUCCGUUUUGAGUUUAGAAAGGGCGGACAGCACAGAGUUCGAUGAACAUACCCCAAAUCCUGUUGUAGUUUUUAUGCCCGAGGGUUCAAGAACACAUAUGGGAAGAACAAUGAGACUGGGAUGCAGAAGAACACUUUUCCAGACUCCUGAUUGUAUUACUUCAAAGCUGUACCAUAACUCGGAGUAUGUGGAUGAACGGCAUCGGCAUAGAUAUGAGGUGAACCCAGAUGUUAUUGGAAUUCUUGAAGAAGCGGGCCUAAAAUUUGUAGGGAAGGAUGACAGUGGAAGACGAAUGGAGAUUUUAGAGCUUCCAAGCCAUCCAUUCUAUGUAGGAGUGCAAUUUCAUCCAGAAUUUAAAUCACGGCCUGGGAAGCCCUCAGCUCUCUUUUUAGGUCUCAUCUUGGCAGCAACAGGGCAGUUGGAAACAUAUCUUGACCAGCAUCCAAAUACAAGUUGACAGCAUUGAGUCGCUGUCUCAAUAUUCCCAGAUAAUUUUUUCAAGGUAGAUUUGAAUGUGGAUG